UUUCAUCAUUCUCUCUUUUUGCUGCCAUCCUGCAAAUAAGGAAAAAAAAAAGCUUAGUUAGUAAUCUUCUUUGAGCUCAAGAGAGAAGAAGAAAAAAAUGAUGCAUGCGUUGAGAUCACUGAGCAGGAGUGUGGGUAGAGACUCCAUUUCCAAUGUGAUAGCUUAUCAGUAUAAAGCUUCUUUGAGCUUCGUUACAGUUUCUCAUCAACCUCACCACAUCGCCACUCAUCAUCACUAUCAGUAUCAGACCCAACGGACCCUCAUUUUGGAGCCUUCCGCUUCUGAGUUCGUCAAGCUUCAAAAACUCCAACACUCAGAUUCUGGGAUUGUUGAGGUAACUUUGGAUAGGCCUAAAAAUAAGAAUGCCAUAGACACCAAAUUGAUGAGAGGGUUAAAGCAUGCAUUAGAGUUGAUUAAUCAAGAUUCUUCCACUAAUGUUGCCAUCAUCACCAGUUCAGUUCCUGGUGUCUAUUGUGCUGGUGCCGAUUUGAAGGAACGCAAGACGUUUACUGCAUUUGAGGUUCGGGAAUAUUCCAAAGCUCUUCGCGCAACUUUCUCAUUUCUAGAGAGGCUUCCCAUACCAACUAUUGCUGCUGUUGAAGGGGCAGCAUUGGGUGGUGGGCUUGAACUGGCCCUGGCAUGCGACUUUCGAAUAUGCGGAGAAGAUGCUGUCUUGGGUUUGCCAGAGACAGGACAUGCUAUAAUCCCGGGGGCUGGUGCAACAAGAAGACUACCUCGAUUGAUCAGUAAGGCAAUAGCAAAGGAUCUUAUAUUGACCGGUCGAAGGGUUUACGGCAGAGAAGCUGAGGCUCUAGGGCUUGCCAACUACUGUGUUCCUGCUGGUGAAGCUUACACAAAGGCACUUGAGGUUGCCAGGAAAAUCAAUGAGAAGGGUCCGAUUGCCGUAAGGGCUGGUAAAAGAGCAAUUGAGGAGGGACUUCUGAUAAUAGAUCCGGCAGAAGCUGCAGAUUUGGAAGAAGCAUGCUAUGAGAUGACUUUGAAUACCAAAGAUAGGUUGGAAGGCUUGGCUGCAUUUGUUGAGAAGAGAAAGCCAAACUACAAAGGUGAAUGAAAGGAGUACCACCAUGGCUAGUUGUUUCUUGAAUGCUAGGGAGGUUAAAUUAUGAGGUGGUCAUUGAUGUUUUGAAUCAAACAUUCAAUAAAUUCAAUUCUUCUCCACCUGUAAUGUUUGAUACCGAUGGUUGUGUGGUCCUUUAAGAACUAAUGGAUUUUGUUUUUGCAAUUGUGUUCUUGUAAAACUAUAUAACACCACCAAUUUUUAUGUUCUCA